AGUGACGUCAGGCAUUAAUGAGUGAAAAACAAAAGAAGUGUAGCAGCAGGUGUGAACAGGUGAAUGGAGUCCAGGCUGUUUUCUGCGAGGAUUGGAAGCAAAUUUGAAAUUCUGAUUUCUACUCACGGGAAUGUGGAACUCCUGCAGAUCUGUGAUGGCCUCUCAUUCUCCGACUUCUCUCCCAGUUGCCCAGUGGGACAGUUGGGUCCUAGCACAUCCAGCAGCUCCAUCACCACCACAAGCCGACCAAACAGUCAACCAGCCAUGAGCAGGUCCUACUCCUCCUCCUCCGCUCAGACGGCCUCCUCGUACCGUCGCACCUUUGGCACCGGAGUUGGUUCCACUCCGAUGUCUUCCCUCUUCUCCAAUGUUGGAGGAGGCCGCAGCUCAGCAUCAAGCCACAAGUCCGGCAGAGUCUAUGAGGUCAGGAGCACUGCCCUUCCUUCUUUCUCCAGCUACAGGGUCUCCUCCGGUGGUGGGGGAGCUGGAUACGGCUCCUCCACAGCCAUGCGCACCUACUCCGGCGAGAAGCUCGACUUCAACCUGGCGGACGCCAUGAACCAGGACUUCCUCAACACAAGGACCAACGAGAAGGCCGAGCUUCAGCACCUCAACGACCGUUUUGCCAGCUACAUUGAGAAAGUUCGUUUCCUGGAGCAGCAGAAUGCAGCGCUGACGGCAGAGAUCGAGAGCCUGAGGGGUCGCGAGGGACCCGGGCGUGUGGGUGAGAUAUACGAGGAGGAGAUGAGGGAACUGAGGAGGCAGAUAGAAGCACUGUCCAACCAACGUGCCCGGGUGGAGGUGGAGAGGGACAACAUGGCUGAUGACCUACAGAAACUCAAACUGAGACUGCAGGAGGAGAUUCAUCAGAAGGAGGAGGCUGAGAACAACCUGUCUGCUUUCAGAGGCGAUGUUGACAGUGCAACUCUGGCCAGGCUGGACCUGGAGAGACGCAUCGAGAGCCUACAAGAGGAGAUUGGCUUCCUGAAGAAGAUCCAUGAAGAGGAGAUCCGUGAGCUGCAGAGCCAGAUCAAGGACACUCAGAUCCAGGUCCAGAUGGACAUGUCCAAGCCCGACCUGACUGCUGCUCUGAGGGACAUCCGUAUGCAGUACGAGGCCAUUGCUGCCAAUAACAUCUCAGAGGCUGAAGAGUGGUACAAGUCCAAGGUGACUGAUCUGAGCCAGGCCGUGGAUAAGAACAACGACGCCAUGCGUCAGUCCAAGCAGGAGAUCAUGGAAUACAGACACCAGAUCCAGUCCUACACCUGCGAGAUUGACUCACUGAAAGGAUCUAAUGAGUCUCUGAUGCGCCAGAUGAGGGAGAUGGAGGAACGCAUGGGCCACGAGGCCAAUGGUUACCAGGAUACUAUUGCAAGACUGGAGGAGGAAAUUGCUAAGAUGAAGGAUGACAUGGCUCGUCACCUGAGAGAGUACCAGGACCUCCUCAACGUGAAGAUGGCCCUUGAUAUUGAAAUCGCCACCUACCGCAAGCUGCUGGAGGGAGAGGAGACCAGAAUCACUACCACCAUGCCUAUGCAGUCCUCAUUUUCCUCCAUUGGAUUCAGAGAGACCAGCCCUGAGUCCCAGCAUCAACGCUCACCAGAGGUUCACUCCAAGAAAACUGUCAUCAUUAAGACUGUGGAGACCCGCGAUGGAGAGAUGCAGUUUUCUAUGAGCCAAGGCUCUAGUGCCCAGUGUGUCGUCAGCGAGUCCACACAGCAUCAGCAAGACAUCAUGUAAACGAGGAGAGGCGUCGUUAGAAAUGUUAAAAUAAUAAAGAAUACAUGAACUAGGUAACUAUUUGCAUAUUCCUGAUCUUCUUCUUUUUCAUGAGCUUAGUCGAUUUUAGACGUGGAACACAAACCAAUUUGCAAGGAAACGUGAAUUUAGUGAACGCAUCAUACUGUAUACAUGACAACAGAGGAGCUACUGGGGAGCAAUGCUCUGCAUUCCAGAAAUGUCUUUCCACCUUUUCUACAAGACCUCCACUCUUAAUAGUGUGUGAGUGUAGUUUGUAACAAUGUGUCAAAGCCCUGGGACGGAACAGUGGUCCUUAAACACCAUGAUCGGAAAUGAAGAAACAUAACGGAUACAGAAUAGAUUUUAUACGAUUUAUACAGAAGGUGGAAUGUUGGUCUGAGGUUUGACUCGUGUCUGAAGCACAGAGAUUUGAUUGGACAAAGGAACUUGGUCAAGUUUUAGGCUUGAGCUUUUACAGAACUGUUUGUAUGGGUUUCCACAGUAUGGUGCUUCACUGUUACAAAAAUCUCAUACGAUUAAUAAAGUCAUUCAUUAUCAGCC